AUGGUGAAUUUCUACUCCUCCUUCGCAUAUAGACAUAGGCUGGAGAACCGGACGGGCCCAUGUUUCUAUGUCGCGCCUCCAUUCGACAUUCGAGUUCUCGAGGGAUCAGAAGGAGAGGCUCUUCCUGUUGCCGAGAAGGCCGAGAAAGUAAUGGACUCAAGCAAUAUGCACAACUUGCGAUUGGCAGCUGUGCUUGGGGAAACAACCAUGAGUGAGCUCAUGGUUGGCCUCACUCUCAUUGAGGGUGUGCCGCCAAAGGAGUUGAUGGUACAUUGCCCGGUUAUCAUAUUCACAAUGGCUCUGGAUCGGUGCAAAGAGUUGGGUGGUCCAUUUAGAGGGUGGGGGAUGGUGCAAUACAGUGAGGAAUUGCGUUUACAGGAAAAUUACUCGUCGUGGUUCAUCAAAGUUUAUGGACAAGGAAGUAGCUUUCACAGAAUAUUGAGUAAUAAAGUGAAGAAAACCCCGUUCCCCCCACUUCUCCACCUUCACAAGAUGAAGAUUCUUGUUCUUGUUCUUGUUCUUGGUCUGGCUGUGUCCUGUUUCAGUGACGAUGCCAGUGGACAUGGACAGCAAGGAAGGAGGACUUACAUCGUCCACAUGGCCAAAUCCCAAAUGCCGGCGACGUUCCAGCACCACGCCCACUGGUACGACUCCUCCCUCAAGUCCGUCUCCGGCUCCGCCCAGAUCAUCUACUCCUACGACACCGUCGUCCACGGCUUCUCCGCCCGGCUGACGGCGCGGGAGGCCGAGUCCCUCGAGUCCCGACCCGGGAUCCUCUCGGUCCUCCCGGAGCUCCGGUACGAGCUCCACACCACCCGGACCCCCGAGUUCCUGGGGCUCGACAAGGGCAGCCCCUCGUUCCCCGAUUCGGACCCGGCCAACGAGGUCGUCGUCGGGGUGCUCGAUACUGGGGUUUGGCCCGAGAGCAAGAGCUUCGACGACACGGGCCUCGGGCCGGUGCCGAGCGGCUGGCGCGGCGCGUGCGAGUCCGGCACCAACUUCACGGCGUCCAACUGCAACUCCAAGCUCAUCGGUGCGCGGUUCUUCUCCAAGGGCUACGAGGCGACGAUGGGCCCGGUCGAUGUCUCCAAGGAGUCGAAGUCGCCGAGGGACGACGACGGGCACGGCACCCACACGGCGUCGACGGCGGCCGGGUCCCCUGUGGACGGCGCCAACCUCUUCGGUUACGCCUCCGGGACGGCGCGCGGGAUGGCCGCGCGCGCCCGGGUCGCCGCCUACAAGGUGUGCUGGGCCGGCGGCUGCUUCAGCUCCGACAUACUGGCGGCGAUGGAGGCCGCCGUCGGCGACGGCGUGAACGUCCUCUCGCUCUCCCUCGGCGGCGGGAUGUCGGACUUCUACCGGGACAGCGUCGCGAUCGGCGCGUUCGCGGCGGCGGAGAAGGGCAUCUUCGUCUCCUGCUCCGCCGGGAACGCCGGCCCGAGCUCGUCCAGCCUCUCCAACGUGGCGCCCUGGAUCGCCACCGUGGGCGCGGGCACGCUGGAUCGGGACUUCCCCGCUUACGUCAGCCUCGGCAACGGGAAGAACUUCUCGGGGGUGUCGCUGUACAGCGGGAGUUCCAAGGGGACGCUUUUGCCCUUCGUCUACGCCGGUAAUGUCAGCAACGCCACCAACGGCAACCUCUGCAUGAUGGGCACCCUGGAUCCCGAGAAGGUCAAGGGCAAAAUCGUCCUCUGCGACCGCGGGGUGAACGCCCGGGCCCAGAAGGGGUGGGUCGUGAAGCUCGCCGGCGGCGCCGGGAUGGUCCUCGCCAACACCGCCGCGAACGGCGAGGAGCUGGUGGCGGACGCCCACCUCCUCCCCGCCACCGGCGUGGGGGAGAAGUCCGGCGACGCCAUCAAGAGCUACCUGUUCUCGGACCCCAACCCGACGGCCACGAUCCUCUUCGAGGGCACCAAGGUGGGGAUCCAGCCGUCGCCGGUGGUGGCGGCGUUCAGCUCCAGGGGGCCAAACGUCAUCACGCCCCAGAUCUUGAAGCCCGACAUGAUCGCGCCGGGCGUCAACAUCCUCGCCGGCUGGACGGGGGCCGUCGGCCCGACGGGGCUCGCGGUGGACGACCGCCGCGUCGCGUUCAACAUCAUCUCCGGGACGUCCAUGUCGUGCCCGCACGUGAGCGGCCUCGCCGCCCUCCUAAAGGCGGCCCACGCCGACUGGAGCCCCGCCGCCAUCAAGUCGGCGCUCAUGACCACCGCCUACGUGACCUCCAAGAACGGCGGGAAGCUGCAGGACGUGGCGACGGGCAAAGACUCCACGCCGUACGACCACGGGGCCGGACACGUGGACCCCGUGUCCGCCCUCAAUCCCGGUCUCGUCUACGAUCUGACGGUGCAGGAUUACUUGGACUUCCUCUGCGGGCUCAACUACACGUCGAACCAGAUCAAUCUCCUCACCAGGAGGAACUACACAUGCGACUCCAGCAAGAGCUACAGCCUUUACGACCUGAACUACCCGUCCUUCGCGGCGAGCUUCGACUCGAUGAGCGGCGGAUCCACCACCAUCAAGUACACGAGGACGCUAACCAACGUGGGCUCCGCGGGGACGUACAAGGCCAAGGCGUCGCCGGACUCGGCCGGCGCGGUGAAGAUAGCGGUCGAGCCGGACACCCUGAGCUUCAGCAAGGCCGGGGAGAAGAAGUCGUUCACGGUGACCGUGACGGGGAGCACGAUGCCGUCGGACACCAAUGCCUUCGGGCGGCUGGAGUGGUCGGACGGGAAGACGACCGUCCGGAGCCCGAUGGCAUUCGGCUGGACUUAGAAGGAGAUUUAGGAAAUUCAAUUGGGUCACUCGCUCGAAUAGGAGCGUGUGAUUUCUAGGGAAAAA